CCAAGUUGCACCCAGCCCCGGGGCGGGUAUUCCAGGUAGAAUGACGGAAGCGUGAGAGGCACCUGUGCUUUGCAGAGCCGCGGCCCUGCCCCGGGAGCCCCGCCCAGCCCUGCUGUAUAAGACCAGGCCUGCCGCGGCUCUUGCCACACGCCCACCUGACACCAUGAGGAACAGCAGCUUCUGCGUCCUGGCGGUGCUCCUCGUCCUGGGGACACUGGCCGUCCAGGCCGCUGUCAGAGAGGGUGAAAACAGGUUCAAAGGUCGUCCUGAAGUGAAAGGCCCUGGUCCAUUCCAAGGUCAAUAUUUUGACCAAGGUCAAGGUGAGGUCUAUGGUCAAGACCCAGUCAAAGGUCAAGACCCAGUCAAAGGUCAAGAUCCAGUCAAAGGUCAAGAUCCAGUCAAAGGUCAAGAUCCAGUCAAAGGGUGGAAUCCAUCUCUCUCCACUAAGCCUGGCUCCUGCCCCGUGGUUCUGAUCCGCUGCGCCAUGCUCAACCCACCCAACCGCUGCGAGCAGGAUGCUGAGUGCUCGGGAGCCAUGAAGUGCUGUGAAGGCGCUUGCGGGAAAGCCUGUAUGGACCCAAGGUAGACCCAUGCUCGUCGCACCUCCUCAGACCCGCGGCUGAGUCCCUGACCCCUGGGCAGCAGCCUCCCCGUCUCAUUCCGGAUGCAAUCCCCACCCCCGCCCCCCUUGGCCGUCCUCUCUCAAGAGCUUCCAAUAAAGACUCGG